CUGUUCCGUAAUCCUCCGUCAUCUUAUUCCCAAGCAGUUUGGAGAGAGAGGAUGCAGGGAGGCUCUGUGUUGGCACUGACAUGGCUCAUGGUCCUCGCUGUUGCUGGUGCCCCUGGGCAGUAUGAGAAGCCAGCCUUUACCCCCAUCUUCACUGGUAGGCCUUUCAUUGUGGCCUGGAAUGCGCCAACCCAGGAUUGCAAGCCCCGCUUGAAGGUUGAGCUGGAUUUCAGUGUUUUUGAUGUGAUGGCCUCGCCCAACGAAGGCUUUGUGGACCAGAAUCUGACCAUUUUCUAUAAAGAGCGUUUGGGCCUCUAUCCCUACUAUGAUGGGCAGAAAGUGGCAGUGAACGGGGGUGUUCCACAAAACAGUAGUCUGCUGCUGCACCUGGAACGGCUGCCGGACAGCAUCCAUAAGUAUAUACGCUCUGAGAAAAAGGAGGGACUGGCUGUCAUUGACUGGGAAGAGUGGAGACCCAUCUGGAUCCGGAAUUGGCAGACGAAAGACAUUUACCGCAAUGCCUCCCGGCAUCUUGUGUUGGCUCGACGGCUUGAAUUGCCAGAGGACCAAGUGAACAAAGUGGCCCAGUAUGAGUUUGAGUCAUCAGCUCGUGAAUUCAUGGAGAAGACCCUGCGAUACGCCAAGAACAUCCGGCCCCGCCAACUGUGGGGCUUCUACCUUUUCCCGGACUGCUACAACCAUGACUACAGCAAGAACCAGGACAGUUACACUGGUCGUUGUCCUGAUGUAGAGGAGACACGCAAUGACUAUCUAGCUUGGCUUUGGAGAGAGAGCACUGCCCUUUACCCUUCCAUAUAUUUGGACCAGGUACUAGCCUCCUCCGCAAAUGGGCGGAAGUUUGUGAGAUCUCGGGUAAAAGAGGCCUUGCGUAUCUCCCAACGCCAUCAUGAACACUAUACCUUACCCGUCUUUGUCUACACUAGGCCCACUUAUAUCCGCAAACUGGAUGUGUUAAGUGAGAUGGACUUGGUCUCCACCAUUGGUGAGAGUGCUGCCCUGGGGGCAGCCGGUGCUAUCUUCUGGGGAGAUGCUGACUACACCAAAAGUCGGGAAACCUGCCAGGUCAUUAAAAAUUACAUAGAGACUGAUCUUGGUCGUUAUAUUGUCAAUGUGACAACGGCAGCCGAACUCUGCAGCCACACUCUGUGCAACAGUCAUGGGCGUUGCCUGCGCCGGGUCAGCAAUUCUAGCGUCUUCCUGCACCUCAACCCAACCAGCUUCAAGAUUCAUCACAACGAAGACAAGAAGCUUGUGGCUGAAGGAAAGCUCUCUCAGGCUGACACUGCCUCCCUACGGACUCACUUCCUAUGCCACUGCUACCAGGGAUGGCACGGAGAAGGAUGUGAGGGGCAGCUGAACCCUCCAGGCGGUGGCCCCUGCCUUUGCAGUAACCUGGGACUCCAGUUGCUCACAGUGCUUUUUCUUCUGACCUUCUUGCAUUAGGCUGCCUCUAACUGGAACCGCCUUGGCUGCAAACUAGUUCCUGGAGCAUAGUGUGAGAAAAGGGUUUGUGAUAGGCAGUGAGAGUAGCCAGAAAGGAAGAAAUAGGAGCCACCAGCCUCUUUUUUGUAUCUUAUUUAGCAGUGAUGUAGCAGAUCUCCUAUUUAAGAGACUGUCCUACCUCUCCCGUCUUGCCACUGGCCCUUUAAGUGGCCAAAGGAAAAGGACCCUUCUCCCCACUAAUAGUGUUUUUUUCCUUUCUGUAGACAGACAGGUGGACUACUGGAAGAGAGAACUGUGUUAGGGACUGGCAGAGGUAGGAGACUGGCAUGAGAUGUGGCCUUCCUUUCCUGCUGCUGAUGUGGUGACCUCUGCUGCCCCUAGUCUUGGGUUGUCUGAAUGUGCCACCACAAUAAGAGUGCCUUGGGUUAGCUGCCCAAAGGAAAGUGGUCCUUGGAGGGUGGCAGGUGGGAAAGGAACUAAGUGCCUGCAAUUGAAAUUGGUUUUAGGCCUUGGCUGCCAGGACUAGGAAGGGAGUGGUUGGCUCUUCUGUUGUAAGGAGGGGGAGGGCAUAGCUAGUUAUAAGGCAGGAGUCCUAGAGCAUACUUAGGCCUCGAAAGAAGUGUGGUGGGUUUGGUGGAGCUGCUGUAGUGAGGAAAAGUUGCUGCUGUAUGGAGUGUCUCUUAAGAGUUUCCCUUUAGGGUAGAGAAGGGGAGAAAUGCUGUUCAGCCACUGGGGAUUAUUCUGGAGAGUCAUAUGAGCUGUGAUGGGACAUAUGCUUUGCUGAAGGUGGGGUGGGCUGGAUCAUAUUGCCAGGUGAUGUUAUUGGGGAUUGGGAAUGCUGUGCCCUGUCUUUAUAUGGCUGGUGCUGAGUCAGUUCUCUGAAUAAUGCAGGAAAAACCAAAAAGUUUUACCUCAGAAUUAAAGACACA